AUGGGCCAAGGUUGGGCUGCCCCCGGGCUGCCCAGCCUCCUCUUCCUGCUGCUCUGCUGUGGGCACUCACUACUAGUCUCCAGCCAUGUAACCACACACCAGGUGACAAACAACCAGAGGACAUCCGGCUGGGAAACAACCAGAAUCCAGACAACAACUCACCGGGCAACAAGCAGGCAGAGCCCAAACUUAGUAACCGAUGAAGCUGAGGCUAACAAGUUCGUGCAGGAGUAUGACCGGACAUCCCAGGUGGUGUGGAACAAAUAUGCCGAGGCCAACUGGAACUACAAUACUAACAUCACCACAGAGAAUAGCAAGAUCCUGAUGCAGAGUAACAUGCAAGUGGCCAACCACACCCUGAAGUACGGCACCUGGGCCAAGCAGUUUGAUGUGAGCCAUUUCCAGAAUGCUACCAACAAGCGGAUCAUAAAGAAAGUUCAAGACCUAGACCGGGCAGCCCUGCCUGUUAAGGAGCUGGAGGAGUACAACCAGAUCCUGCUGGACAUGGAGACCACUUACAGCGUGGCUUCUGUGUGCCACAUAAAUGGCACUUGUCUACAGCUGGAGCCUGAUCUAACAAAUAUUAUGGCCACAUCUCGAAACUACGAACAACUGCUAUGGGUCUGGAAGAGCUGGAGAGACCAGGUGGGGAAAACCAUCCUCCCUUUUUUCCCCAAAUAUGUGGAACUUGCCAACAAGGCUGCUCGACUCAAUGGCUACACUGAUGCAGGGGACUCCUGGAGAUCUAUGUAUGAGACACCAUCCCUGGAACAAGACUUGGAGAAGCUCUUCCAGGAGCUGCAGCCGCUCUACCUGAACCUGCAUGCCUAUGUGCGCCGCGCCCUGCACCGGCAUUAUGGGGACCAGAGCAUCAGCCUCGAGGGCCCCAUUCCUGCCCACCUGCUGGGGAACAUGUGGAGUCAGACUUGGUCCAACAUCUAUGACUUGGUGGUGCCCUUUCCUUCAGCUCCUAAGAUUGAUGCCACAGAGGCCAUGGUAAAGCAGGGCUGGACACCCAGAAGGAUGUUUAAGGAAGCCGACAAUUUCUUCACCUCCCUGGGGCUGCUGCCUGUACCCCCUGAGUUCUGGAACAAGUCGAUGCUGGAGAAACCGACUGAUGGGCGGGAGGUGGUGUGCCAUGCCUCAGCCUGGGACUUCUACAACGGCAAGGAUUUCAGGAUCAAGCAGUGCACCACUGUCAACAUGGAAGAGCUGGUGGUGGCCCACCACGAAAUGGGUCACAUCCAGUAUUUCAUGCAGUACAAGGACUUGCCUGUGGCCUUCCGGGAGGGCGCCAACCCUGGCUUUCAUGAGGCCAUUGGGGAUGUGCUGGCCCUCUCUGUGUCUACUCCCAAGCACCUACACAGCAUCAACCUGCUGGAGCAUGAGGGCGGUGGCUACGAGUAUGACAUCAACUUUCUGAUGAAGAUGGCCCUGGACAAGAUCGCCUUUAUCCCCUUCAGCUACCUCAUCGACCAGUGGCGCUGGAGGGUCUUUGAUGGAUCCAUCACCAAGGAAAACUACAACCAGGAGUGGUGGAGCCUCAGGCUGAAGUACCAGGGUCUCUGCCCCCCAGUACCCAGAACUCAAGAUGACUUUGACCCAGGGGCUAAGUUCCAUGUUCCUUCAAGUGUGCCUUAUAUCAGGUACUUUAUCAGCUUCAUCAUUCAGUUCCAGUUCCACGAAGCCCUGUGCCAGGCAGCUGGCCACAAAGGCCCCCUGCAUAAGUGUGACAUCUACCAGUCCAAGGAGGCAGGGAAGCUGUUGGCGGACACCAUGAAGCUGGGCUUCAGUAAGCCAUGGCCAGAGGCCAUGAAACUGAUCACAGGCCAGCCUAACAUGUCAGCCUCAGCCAUGUUGAACUACUUCAAGCCAUUGAUGGAAUGGCUCAUCACUGAGAACGGGCGACAUGGGGAGAAACUGGGUUGGCCGCAGUACAACUGGACACCAAACUCCGCUCGCUCGGAAGACUCCUUCCCAGACUCCGGCCUCGUCAACUUCCUGGGCAUGAAUCUGGAGCCACAGCAGGCCCGAGUGGGUCAAUGGGUGCUGCUCUUCUUGGGGGUCGCCCUGCUGGUAGUCACCUUGGGCCUGGCCCAAAGGGUCUGCAGCAUCCGCAGUCACACCUUCCACCAGCCCCACCAUGGGCCCCAGUUUGGCUCUGAGGUGGAGCUGAGACACUCUUGAGAUGACCAAGAUGGCUGGGGCUUGCCAAGGGAUGUCCCAUGAGAAACCAGAACGGGAACAGGAUGCCCAAGGAGAAGGCAGCUCCACCUCCCUCCCUCCUCCUUCUUUCCUUCUUCCCCCUCCUCUUCCUCUCAUUCUGCCUCCCUCCCCUCUGCUCCUCAGACCACCAGAAUCACCCAAGUCCCAGCCUCCAUUCUUCAGGCACCCAGCCAUCAAACACAGGGCUUCUCCCCUAGUCUCUCUGUGAAUGCAAUUAAAAGUCCUGCCUCCCCAUCUGAGUCUGUGUCCCUCACAGUUGGAAGCCAGGAAGAGGGUCAGCGUGCUCUCUUGCUCUCUCUCUUUCUCCUGGCAGUUCAGUGGUGCCCUUUCCUCAUGGCUUCCUCCAUUCCCUUUCAAGAAAAGCCUUGGUGAAUCUCCCAACUCUGGCUUCCCACCAGCUCAGGCACCCAUACCCGUGUCCUGCUGUGGUGGGCAGCUCCUGCCCUCUCAGGAUCCUCAGGAGGCUUCUGGGAUCAUAGGAUUCUCACAUGUUGAUGCAACUUUCUGCCCAUGCAUGGUCAGGUUCCCCUAGCUGCCCCUGGCUUCGUCUGCAGGGCAAGUACCCUGGAAGGGCCUGACUCAAAGAGGUCAUCUUGAGCUCCUGCCUAUACCAGCUCUGUGUCCACUUGUGUGAAUGGACAGCCUUAGUUUUCAGACAGAGCUAUUCAGAUAUUGCCUAGGAGAGAAGGCCCUGGAAGGGAGUUCCCUGGACAGGGAUGAUACAGGGUUAACUGCCAGAGGCUGCCUGCUUGCUCUUCCCAGCACACACAUUCUCACUAGGAGCUGUCCCUGGGAAGGCCUGCUUAGAUUUCAGAGAAUGUCAUUUUGAGGGACAUUUUUAUAACUUUUCUCUCCGUGUUUAUGUAGAAAAUUUAAAAUACUAUAAA